AUGGCACCGACGCAGCUCAGCAUUGUGCUGGAGCGCCUGCUCAACGAACUCGGAAUAGCCAACCUCAGUAUGUUCGAGGCUGUGCUCAUGCACGAUACAGGCGCGGUGCUCGACGCGAUCCGAAGCACCGCUGCAGCCGCAGAGGCUGGUGCGGCGGUUUAUGCCAGCUCGGCCACGAGCAAUGUUGUUGUGUGCCGAAGCAGCACUGCUACUGCUGGCGCAAUCUCUGUUCAGCACGAGGGCAGCAUCUCCCGCACUCUCGUCAGCACAGACGCGCACACCACGCUAAAGGGCUCGGACAUCCAUGCAGCCGCGAGUAGUGCGAGUGCUGAGGUGCUGCUCCGGCAGGAGUUGGAAGAGAAGUUGCGGUCACAGACCAAGGAGCUCGCUUCUGAGCAGCGCUCGGUGAGCGCUGUGAAGAGGGUGCUCGCGUCGGCGCAGGAUGAGCUUGCUGCGGCACAAGAGCUGAGGCGCUCCGACUGCGACAACCUGAGGACAGCGCAGCAGGCUGCUAAACGCGACAUCAAAGCGGCUGAGCGGAUGGCCGACCAGGCAAAUCAUGCAGCUCGAGCUGAGUGUGAGUGGCGUAUCGGCGAGAUGCGGGCCAAGAUGCAGGCCGAGCUGCGCGAGCAGCUCGACGCGCUGCAGAUUUCGAUGGAGGCAGAGGCGAGGCGCGCUGAUGCCGCAGAGGCAGAGAGGUCAAGGCUGUAUGACAAGAUGGAGGGGAUUAUGCGCACGCGUGAGGGGUUGAUAGACGCACUCGCAGAGGCGCAGCGCAAGCGCGAACAAGUGAUUGUUAAGAGAUAUACGUAG